AAGCCUCCAAACGCCCAAUUAUAUAUCCGCCGUCCCUUGCUCCUUUCCAGACCUUUUGUCCCCCCACCCCUCCUCCUCUCCUCUCCCUCCACGAGCGGGCGCGCGCGCCGCGGCGAGAUCUAGGGUUGGGGCGCCCCCCACGCCGGCCGGCGAAGAUGAGCGGCAGCCCCCAUGGCGGCCUCGACGACCAGAUCGAGCGCCUCAUGCAGUGCAAGCCCCUCCCCGAGCCCGAGGUUAGAGGACUUUGCGAGAAGGCGAAGGAGAUAUUGAUGGAUGAGAGCAAUGUUCAACCUGUAAAGAGUCCUGUUACAAUAUGUGGUGAUAUCCAUGGACAGUUUCAUGACCUUGCAGAACUGUUCCGGAUCGGUGGAAAGUGUCCAGAUACAAACUACUUGUUUAUGGGAGAUUACGUGGAUCGUGGUUAUUAUUCCGUCGAAACUGUCACACUUUUGGUGGCUUUAAAGGUUCGCUAUCCUCAGCGAAUUACUAUUCUGAGAGGAAACCAUGAAAGCCGACAGAUCACUCAAGUUUAUGGUUUCUACGAUGAGUGCUUAAGGAAGUAUGGGAAUGCAAAUGUCUGGAAAACUUUUACCGAUCUAUUUGACUACUUCCCCUUGACAGCAUUGGUUGAGUCAGAAAUAUUUUGCCUGCAUGGUGGAUUGUCACCAUCCAUUGAGACACUUGAUAACAUACGCAACUUUGACCGUGUCCAAGAAGUUCCUCAUGAAGGGCCCAUGUGUGAUCUUCUUUGGUCUGAUCCAGAUGAUCGUUGUGGCUGGGGUAUUUCACCUCGAGGUGCUGGAUACACCUUCGGACAGGAUAUAUCAGAGCAGUUCAACCAUAGCAAUAAUUUAAGACUUAUUGCUAGAGCUCACCAGUUGGUCAUGGAGGGAUUUAAUUGGGCUCAUGAGCAAAAAGUUGUUACCAUAUUUAGUGCACCUAAUUAUUGUUAUCGCUGUGGAAACAUGGCAUCAAUCUUGGAAGUUGAUGAUUGCAGGGAGCACACUUUCAUCCAGUUUGAACCAGCCCCAAGAAGGGGAGAGCCAGAUGUAACUCGUAGAACACCUGACUAUUUCCUGUGAUGUAAGAGUGGUGACCGUCUCUGCAGCAAAUGUUUGAUAGCUAGGUGAAGUUCCCUGGUUGCAGAUAUUUUUUCCCCGUGAAUCUCCUGUGUGUUAUUCUUACUACCUUUGCCCAUGGCGCUUGGCUAUCGUGAGCUACUUUGCUGCAUCAUGAUUGAAGUGUAUACCUACAGCUGGGAGGAUUCAUUGUGUUCUCACUUAUCUCUAAUUGGCUGAUGCUUGGCUUGGGCGCUGCAGUGGUGACUCAAAGCACCAAGCAGCAAAUUUGUAUUAUGAGAGGAAACUAUUCCCUUUGUAUUCAUUUUUUUUCGCCUUUCUUCCUCACAAAUUUCACCUAAUUUUCUUUCUUAUGAUCCUUGUAGAGAAGAACAAUGUAGUUGUAUGGCUCCUUGCUGAGCCGUUAGGUCUUUCUGAGUACUUGUUUUGCCGUACAUAAUUGCUUGAAAAACAAGUAGCAUUCUUUGUGACCAGCAGAGCGCCGAUUUUGCUUUCCCUGUAGAUGUGAUGAAGUUUGCCCC